AUGGAAUUCUUCCAAAGGGCUAAAGUGGUGCGAUUGAGAAGCCACCAUGAUAAAUACUUGUUGGCAGAUGAUGAUCAAGAAGGUGUUCAUCAAGAUCGUCUUGGUUGCUGCCGAAAUGCAAAAUGGACGGUGGAGAUCAUAGAACAUGCAAACUUGAUUCGAUUGAAGAGUAUUUUUGGAAAAUAUUUAACAGCCUCUAACAUGCCAUUCUUGUUAGGAGCAAAGGGGAAAAAAGUGGUGCAAACUCUUCCCUCGAGGUUGAAUUCAUCUUUGGAAUGGGAACCUAUAAGAGAAGGUGAUCACAUUAGGCUUAGGACUCGGUAUGGUCAAUAUUUACGCGCCAACGGAGGAUUACCGCCUUGGAGAAAUUCGAUCACGCAUGACAUUCCACACCGGUCAAAAACAACAAAUUGGGUUCUAUGGGAAGUGGAUCUUGUCGAGAUUCGGCCACCACCACCUAAACAAAUAGAAGAUUCCAUACCAAGUGUUGCUGAACACGUUGUUCGUCCCACUGACUCUUCAACUGAUCGUUCUCUUUCUCAUUCUCCUUCUCCUCCACUUUCUCCCGAUGUUGAUUCAGAUAAUGAUAAUCCAUUCGCUUUAAUUGAUCUUAGAUCUUCCAUACCAAUUGAGAGUUCUGAUGUAGAAGAUAUGGGCUCACCGGUAAAAGAAGGGAGGAUUAUAUUUUAUAACAUGGGUGAUGAAAAUGGAGAUGUUCCAGAAGGAUGCGAAGAAAAGUUCUUUACAUUUAAAGGAAGUAGUGUAAUUGAGUUAAAGGAGAAGUUGCAAGAAGAGAUAGAGCGGGAUGAUAUUAUUGUAUGUUCUCGCAACCCCUUGAAUGCAAAAGUGUAUCCACUUCGUUUGCAAUUACCACCCAACAAUGUUGAUUUGCACGUAAUUGUGGUUCCUUCUUCAUUUGUAGCUAAUUAG